GGGGAGCCCGGCGCGGCGGCGGUGCUGGGGCGGCAGCGGCGUGUAGGGAGCGGCGUCUCCGCUGCUGGGCAGGGGCGCGCCUCGGCCGCCGGGCGGAGGCGGUUCCGCGCUCGGCGGAAACAAGGAACGGGAAAGGAAGGGAGCGGCGAAAGGAACCGGUAUCGGCGGCCACCAUUAGUGGCGGCAGGAGCAGCAGCAGCAGCAGCCGCCGCCGCCGCCGCCGCCGAGGGGGUCUGCGGGCGGAGCGGACCCGGGUGCCGCCGCCGGCAGCGAGCGGGAGCGAGCCCGGCGCCGCGCCCCUCUGUUCUGUGGGGCGUCGCCGCUGCCCGCCGGAGCUCCCCCGGAGCCGGGGCGAGAUGGAGCAAUUGUCAGAUGAAGAGCUUGACCAUGGUGCCGAAGAAGAUAGUGAUAAGGAAGAUCAGGAUCUUGACAAGAUGUUUGGGGCCUGGCUGGGUGAACUGGACAAACUCACACAGAGUUUGGAUGCAGAUAAGCCUGUGGCACCAGUGAAGAGGUCACCUCUCCGCCAGGAAACCAAUCUUGCCAACUUCUCAUAUCGCUUCUCCAUGUACAAUUUGAAUGAAGCCCUGAAUCAGGGGGAGACUGUGGAUCUGGAUGCCCUCAUGGCUGAUCUCUGUUCCAUAGAGCAGGAGCUCAGCAGCAUCGGCUCUCAUUCUGCAAACAAUGCUGCAGUCAAACGCCUUGCCACAGAACCCAAAACUCAGAAACCGCCUGCUAGUCGACCUUCUGCUAAGCACAGCAGCGUGAAAGGAUUGUCCUCCUCCUCUGCUAAGGUGACUAAACCAUCACAUGCCAACGUGUCUCUGGAUGACAUCACUGCACAGUUAGAGAAGGCCUCUUUGAGCAUGGAUGAAGCAGCCCAGCAGUCUCUUGCAGAAGACACCAAGCCAGUGGUUGCUGCCCAGCACAGGAGGACAGCGUCUGCUGGCACGGUGAGCGAUGCUGAGGUGCGCUCCAUCAGUAACUCCUCCCGUUCCAGCGUGACCUCAGCAGCUUCCAGCAUGGACUCCUUGGAUAUCGAUAAGGUGACGAGACCUCAGGAGCUGGACUUGACAUCACAAGGGCAACCAAUCACUGAGGAGGAACAGGCUGCUAAACUGAAAGCUGAGAAGAUUAGGGUUGCAUUAGAGAAGAUUAAAGAAGCACAAGUGAAAAAGUUGGUGAUCAGAGUCCAUAUGUCUGAUGACAGCUCAAAAACAAUGAUGGUGGAUGAGAGGCAAACAGUGAGACAAGUAUUAGACAAUCUGAUGGACAAAUCACAUUGUGGCUACAGUUUAGACUGGUCAUUGGUGGAAACCAUCUCUGAAUUGCAAAUGGAAAGAAUCUUUGAAGAUCAUGAAAAUUUAGUUGAAAAUCUCCUGAACUGGACAAGAGAUAGUCAAAACAAACUAAUGUUUGUGGAACGUAUAGAGAAGUACGCACUUUUUAAGAAUCCACAGAACUAUCUUCUGGGGAAGAAAGAAACCUCUGAGAUGGCAGACAGAAAUAAAGAGGUGCUGCUAGAGGAAUGCUUCUGUGGAAGUUCUGUAACUGUGCCAGAGAUUGAGGGAGUUUUGUGGCUGAAAGAGGAUGGUAAGAAAUCUUGGAAGAAACGUUACUUCCUUCUUCGGGCUUCUGGAAUCUACUAUGUCCCUAAAGGGAAGGCAAAGGUCUCACGGGAUCUUGUGUGCUUUCUACAGCUAGACCAUGUCAGUGUUUACUAUGGACAGGACUAUCGGAACAAGUACAAGGCACCCACAGACUAUUGUUUAGUGCUAAAGCAUCCUCAGAUCCAGAAGAAGUCCCAGUAUAUCAAAUAUCUUUGCUGUGAUGAUGUAAGAACUCUACACCAGUGGAUCAAUGGCAUCCGCAUUGCUAAGUACGGGAAGCAACUAUACAUGAACUAUCAGGAAGCACUGAAGAGAACAGAAUCAGCAUAUGACUGGACCUCCUUGUCUAGCUCCAGUAUCAAGUCAGGCUCCAGCUCAUCUAGUUUGCCAGAAUCUCAGUCAAAUCAUUCUAAUCAGUCUGACAGUGGAGUUUCUGACACCCAGACAGCUGGACAUGUCCGUUCCCAAAGCAUUGUCAGCUCCAUGUUCUCUGAGGCCUGGAAACGAGGCACCCAACUGGAGGAAUCCAGCAAGGCCCGAGUGGAGCCUGCAGGUCGGCCCUUGGUGUCUGUCGCAGCUCCCGUGUCCCCGCAGACGAAAGCCGUGACCCCCUACACAGCAUCGCAGCCGUCCCCGCCGCUGCCGCCGCCGCCGCCCCCGCCCCCUCCGCCCCCGCCGCCCCCACCGCCGCCGCCGCCGCCCCUGCCCAGCCAGGCCGCCCCGUCCGCGGGCUCGCCCGCCACCAUGUUCGUCAAGUACAGCACCAUCACCCGGCUGCAGAACGCGGCCCAGCACGGCGGCCCUUUCUCCAAAGCCCCCGCUGCACAGCAGCCCCCGCCGCCGCCCCCGCCCUCGGCAAAGCCUCAGAUCCUGGUGCCCCCCAACGGGGUCAUGCCGCCUCCCCCGCCCCCGCCGCCGCCGCCCACCCCGGGCUCGGCCAUGGCGCAGCUGAAGCCGGCACCGUGCGCCCCCUCUGUGCCGCAGUUCACGCCGCCACCACCGCCCCCCAAGAUACAUCAGGUUCAACCAAAUAUAAGCCAGGCUACUGUCGCCUCCUCGUUGCCACCGCCGCCUCCUCCUGUGCCUGCCCCCCCGCCACCCCAGGCACCCCCAAAGCCUGUCAUGGCAGCUCUGCCCCCUCAGCCUAGUGGGAAGGUGGCGUCACCUGGGGUCACACACAUCCCUCCCCCUCUGACUGCACCCUUGCCCCUUGCGAUAAAGAAACAACCAAGUGUCACUUCUUCCCAGGUGCCUCCUCUGCCCCCAGCCCCUCCUGGCCCCACUCCCCCUGCAACGUUCCCAAAGCAGCAGAGUUUCUCAGUAAAGCCUCCUCCAUCCCCUCAGUCCCCGGUGCCAUCGGUGGUGAAGCAGAUAGUCAGCCAGUUCCCCCCUCCUCCCACACCACCUGCCACUGAGCCCCAGCCUCUGAAACCCCUUCCACUGAGUGUGGCUCCACAGUCACCCCCAGCAGUGAAGGCAAAGCCCAAAUGGCAGCCUGCUGCUGCUCCCUCCCCAGAUUUCCCACCUCCUCCACCAGAGAGCAGCUUAGUAUUUCCUCCUCCACCUCCUUCCCCAGCUUCCUCUGCAGGUUCUCCCCCACCUGACAAAUCAGGGUCUCCAGUCAAAAAGGCCGGCAAGACAUCAAGCCCUGGAGGGAAGAAACCGCCUCCAACACCUCAGCGCAACUCCAGCAUCAAGUCCACAAGCUCCACUGAGUACCAUGAGUCCAAGAGGCCUUCAGUGGACCGCCUUGUCAGCAAAUUUGCACACUCACCAGAGCCGUCAGGAUCUCCUUCCAAGGAGUCAUCACCUCCUCCAGCCCCUCCGAAGCCAGGAAAGCUCAACCUAUCUGGUCUGCCCAUUGUCCUUCCACAGGGUGGGAUCCCAGCCAAGGCUUCUGCUCCGAGUGUGUCUGGAAAGGAACCUGUGGUAGAAUUCCCUUCACCACCAUCCGAUUCAGACUUCCCACCACCACCACCUGAAAUAGAUCUUCCUCCCCCUCCAGUAGAAAUUCCAUCUGUGUUUUCAGGCAGCACCUCCCCAAAAGUCGCCGUUGUAAAUCCCCAGCCACAGGCGUGGUCAAAACCAUCUGUGAAAAAAGCCCCACCACCCACACGCCCCAAGCGGAACGACAGCACCCGACUGACACAGGCGGAGGUCGCAGAGCCCCCAGGGUCAGCCGGCCCACAAGUGCCCACGUCACCCAAGUCCAGCCUUAGCGUUCAGCCGGGAUUCCUGGCAGACCUCAACCGGACGCUGCAGCGGAAAUCCAUCACCCGGCAUGGCUCCCUCUCCUCCGCACGGAUGUCCAGAACAGAGCCCACCGCCACCAUGGACGACAUGGCCCUGCCUCCACCCCCACCAGAGCUGCUGGCUGACCAGCAGAAGACCAGCAGCUUUGGGGGCAGUCAUAUAUCUGGCUAUGCAACGUUACGGAGGGGGCCACCCCCCGCACCCCCCAAAAGGGAUCAGAACACCAAGCUGUCACGGGACUGGUAGUCAGUCCCCAGGGCCAGUGCUCUCCAUGACUUGUGGGCUGCUCUGUGAUCAGCCAGCCUGUGGUCUUGUGCACAUGGAGAGGAUGUGGGGAUGUGGAUGAUAGCCCCAUUAAAAGAGGUGAUCUCAAACUGCAGCUAUGGCUAAAUGUAAAGACAUUCCCCUUCCAUGGCUAGGUUAAAAAUUUGGAGGCUUAGGGGUGUUGAUACUUUACUGGGAAAAGUGGGUAGAGAGGUGUUGGCUUCAUCCUUUCAGUUACUUUUACCCUUCUUACGGAUUGGACCAAACCCCUCAUUUUCUUUUUCUGCAUUUAGGGGAGGGGGAGGGAGAUACUUUUUUUGUAGUGUCUGUCCACGUGAGACAUGUUUGUGCAUGUAUUAUAAGUGUAGGUAUAUAAUAUAUUGUGAUCUAUUUCGUCGCAAUUAUAGAAGAUAACCAGAAUGUUUUUGUAGAACCGUAUUUAUUGUUUCAGUCAGUAUAUUAUCUGGAAUCGGACUCUAACUGGUCAAAUCUUACCAUAAAGAUGGAGAUGUAGGGGGCACUUUAAAGAAAGGAAAUAAAAAACCUAAACCCACAAACUUCUCAGCAGUUUGUGGUGGGUAAAUUCUGCAAAGCUGAGGUGUUCAGCUGGUAACUGUACAUUGUCCAUUGAUUGAAAAGUACAGAUGCAACAUACCAAAACAUUCUGGUCAUAAUACUACUGAAAAUGAGUAUGUUCAGAGGAAAGAAAUAGAUUUUAUAUAUAGUGGGCUGGAGUGAAAUAUAUUUAUACUAUAAAGAGCCUCCCCCUCCUUUCAAAUAGUAUAAAAGUAUACACCGAUACAAAUUAUUUCAAACUUACUUGUCCAUUCAGCUAAGUAGGAUAAAUAUAUAUAUUCCAAACCAUUAUGCAUUCUAACUGUUAGUAGGCUCAAUCAUUUGUUUCUAUAGCUCAAGAUGAAUAUAUUUUUGUUAACCCCUUCUGAAAGCUGCCAGGACUCCUGCAGUCGAAAAUCCUGCCAACCCCCAAGGCUGACCCACGCCGAUCCGUGAGCUGUCCGUGUAACUCUUACCCUGAAUGAACAGGUAGGUUUCUGUAGAAAGCACUGUGUGCUCACGCAGGCAUGCACAGUGUCCAGUCUCACCUGGUCUGUGUCUGGUAAGAUGCAGUGUCUUCACAAAAACAAGCGUCUGGAAAUGUGUAAAGAAAGUAUUGUUUGUAACUGAUUAGAAAUUUUCAGGAAACUUUCCUUUCUGGAAAGAGAGAAGGGAGCAGCAAUUUCAGGACAAGGAGAGUAGGAACUCGCUCUCUUUGACCUGCCAGAGACUGUGACCAGUGCAUUAACCUGUUUAUUACAAAGUUGCACUUCUAGCAGUCAAGGAAGAAGACUGGAAAUAAAACAACCUUAAAGAGGCAAUAACAUUCGCUAGGAAUUUCAUCUAAGGGCCCAUAUGAGUAGAAAACAGACUAUUGAUUUGCUUGGUUUCUUGUUAGUCACCGAUAUUGAUCACCAGAUCGAUUAUGACAGUCCUUUUUUCUUCAGUAGCUACUUCAGUAGCUUGAUUGUACAGUCUGACCCACAGACCUUGUGAUAAGGCAGUGUAAGUGGUGUUAUGUAUCAUUGCACAUUCCUUGCAGGGUGGUGGGCCUUUGUAAAACUAAAAUACUUGGACUGUAACUACGCCAUCUUCAGCUUUUACUGCCUCCCUUGUCACCAUGGGGAUACUGUCAAUAGGCUCAUAGGGCAAAUAAUUUCAUUUUUGCAUACUUUUUCUCCAAAAACAAACUUGAAAUGCUUUCUUUUUCCCAAAGAAUGAAACAAAGAAGCUUGACCUGGCAGUUACCCUCACAUGUGUAAAACCAAUAUAAACUGAUCUCUCAUUAGAGUAAUUCAGAAUGAUACAUUUAAGAAAUAUUGUGACAGUGUCCCCCAUUCCUUUUUUUUAUAAAGUUGUUGUUGUUUUGGGUUUUUUUAGCCAAAUAGUGAAAUAAAUGUCUUUGUGAAUAUUUUAUGAAUAGGAAAAAAAGUUUUGCUAAUUUGAGGUGGAAAAUUACACAUCUAUAACUAUAUAGUUUUAAAUAGGUGCAUCAUGAAAAGAGAAAAAUUAGUGGUGCUGUCUCUGCUGACCUGUUUCAUAUGAUUUUUUAAAAAUCUGUUUCAGCACCUCUGGAAAUUGUUUUAAUAUUUCAGACUAGAUUUUUUGAGCAAUAAGAGUAUAUACCAUUGUGUGCAUUUUUAAAGCACUGCUAUGGAAAGGCACUUUUUUGUAUCUUUCAAAUUGUUCACCAAGUUUUGUUUGUACUAUUUUUGUGCUUACAAAGUGUCCUUAAAAGCAUUUGCAUUGUUGAUUUUAAGCAUGCUCAGUGUAGCUGGUGACUAACUUCACAGGAGGGUUGUUAAGCUAUACUGCAGCUCACGGGUGCUGUAAUUUUCACCGUUGGUCCUCUUGCUGCUUUUUCGUGUGUGCAGCUCCUGGGGCUCAGACACACCAGCGGGCAAAAGGUGCUCGCUGCAGCCGAAACUGCUCGGCCCUUAGCGGUGACGGGUAAGUGGGCACAUUCUCCUGCUCCUGGCAAGAUGCACCUGGGCUGAGGCAGUGUGUGCUCCAGGUGAGAGCAGUCAGGGAAUUCUGCUUGCCCCACCUGCUUUUCUUUUCCCCAACAGCCUCACUGGUGUGUGUCAGUUCCAGCCCUUUUACUUUAGUUCAUUUGGUGCGGGUACCUCUGGGCUUUGGAGUUGGCACACCAAUGUUUUGAGUGCCAUUUCUUUAGAGGCAUUUGUGCUUUGUUCUUGUUUUCCUGUGCUCACAUUCAUAUCCCCGGUAUCUCUCCCUAGGUAAUUAAUCCAUGCUUACUACUGCAGGCUGCCCGCAGCUUGCUGGGAGACAGCUGUGUAACUCCUAAGCCUGCAGCAAAAAGAAUUUAUGUCAGCAAAGGUGGUACCCUGUAUUCCUUCUAGUUACAGUUUCCUUCCUAAGGCAGUAGUCAUCCACUGAGCGCCUGCUGCUUGUUUUCUCUCGACUGAGCAUGGAAAUUUGGCUACAGCAUGGUUCAGAAAAUCUGGUUGCCUUUUCAAGUUAUGAGAUACCUCCCAUUGUAACUUGCUUUUCUGGUAUGUUUACUGGUUUUGUGACAGUAAAUAUUUACAGCUUAUUUUGCAAGUAAGUUAUUUUCCCCCAUGUGCAGUCAUCUCAUAACUGCACCAUAAUAUUUAUUAAAUCAGAAAAUUGAGGGGCUGGAUUUCAGACACCCAGGAAGAGGCUUCCUGCUACAAACAUGGGCAGUAAUACUUUGGGCACUGUUAAAAUGGGCAUGUGAAGGCUGAGUGUUCAUACUCUGGACACAAAAGUGCUUUGAUCCCAAAAUACGUGUAUGGCUGGAGUUGGAAUAUGUGAGGCAGGGCACAGGCUGGUCACUUGUUAAGGUGGGUGUUAGGGGAGCCCUGUUCCUACAAGGGCAGCUGAAAAAGGGCUCAGCUGUGUUUGUUAGUAUGUUUUUUCCACAUUUGGUCUUCAUUUCUCCUCUGCUAUGCAGCAUAGCAUCCACCUCCGAGUAGCAGAGCCCUGUUCAGCCAGGUGUCUGUGCCUGCAGCCCAGGUGUAAAAAGCAGGGAGCUAUUCUCAGCCAUUACAUCACAGUUCAGGUGUUGGGGAGUUGCUUUGAAAGUGAAAACUAGGCUCUUCUAGCAGCACUAAGCUUAGAUGAGAUACUGUUUUUAAAAAAAAUUGUUCUAAGCAAACCACAGGCAGCAUGUUUCAGGUGGCUGUGCUAGGGGUCCUGUUUAGUCUUUUAACAGCUGUAGCUGGGAGAGAAAGGCUCAAGUGUCUAAAUAAUUCUCUUAUUUUCUAUGGAAGAGGAAGUUUCCUGCUUCACCCUGCACAGUGGUUUCCUCCUGCAGCAAAUCACCACUGACUGCUCUGACUUGGUGAAGACCUCAAAGCCAAAGAGCUCCUCUCCUGAGAUUACUCUGCAGUUCUCUGCAGGGCAACAGUGAGUGACACAUCAGGGAAACAAAGUGCAGGUACCUGGAUUUUUUUUUUUUCAGGUCUGAGGAGAGAGGAAGCAGUUUUUUCAACAAGUGCAUUUUAAUGUUUACUGUUCUGGGCCUUGCACAUUUGAAAGUUUUCUAAUUCCUUCUUUCUGUGCCCUUAGACAACCAGAUAAAUCAUAUCAGCUCAGAGAUAGAGUGGCCAGUCUUCCUCUCAGUUAAAUUUUUUUUUUUCCACAGUUUAAGGAACCAAAAGUGCCAUUUCAACAGCAGAAGGGCAAAAAGAGAAUUUUUCUGCUUUUUACAGAAAACAGCAUAGAACCAAAUUGUUUUGCUACAGUGGUACCAUCACAGGUAAAUUUGUAUCUUAUUCAAAGUAAGAUUAUAAGUGGGUCCUAGUAUGAGUAUUACUUAACUAGUGUGAUAUUAAAAUCAGUUGCAGUAUGAAUUCCUGGCAGAAGGUGAGGAUGCAGCCAGAACAUGGGAGUUUGGUUGCUGGGGUUUUUUAUUCCUUUUAGCAUGUUAAGGUAUAGAUUACAUACUCAGUGACACUCAGCUGCAGGUGAGUUACUACUUUGGGGCCCAUUUGUGGCACCUGCUGUUGGGCUCUGCAUUCAUUCCCUUGCACCACUGGGGCAGACUCCAAACCAGAGAGGACUGAACACUACAGGGGAGUUUCUCUUGGAUGUUUUUUGCCACAUGCUGGUGGGAUUUUAAUCUUUAUUUUGGAAUUCUGUUUUUCUACACUGAAUAACUUUCCUUUGUGAACUUUCUUUCCUUCAAUUAAAAAAUGCCCAUGAAGACUGACCAAACCAGGGUUUUGUUGCAGGGGGCAGCACUCACUAAUACUGUGACACAGGCUUGGUCUAAUUUUGAGAAGUUUAAGACACUAAACUGCAAAUGAGAUGACAAACACAUGCUUAUCUCGCAGAGUGUAAAUUACUUUAAUUGAUACUAACCAACCACAGGGCAAAUAAUGACUUGGAUGAUGAUCAUUUGGUGCUCUGAGGCACUCAGUGGGGCAAGGACUCAGUGAGCUCUCUGCUCAGUAGAUGGAUCUUGGGUAAAGGGGAGUUAGAGAAGGUAGAAGACCAGGAGGAACAGGAACUAGUGCUGUAGAAAUGAGUGAGAAGGAUUGUCAGUAAAAGAUUGUGGACACUAUCCCCCCUUAUUUAAAUGCUUGAAGGCAACUUGUCUUUUAGGAGAUUUUGGAAUUCAACCAUUUGCUACAGUGGAAAAUAAUUUCCUUCCAGCUUUCCCAAGAUGCCAAAGAUGCAUUCUGAGCUAAAUUCCAGGUAUGCAGAUGUGUGUACACCAGUCUCUUGUUGCCAGGGGUCUCAUACUGCUGAUGUGUAGCACAUGUCUGGUGAGAGAACAGGGUUGCCGCUCUUAGAUGUUAUGUGUCCCUUGCCUUUAACCAACACUGGAAGUGGGUACACACUUGCAAAGGACAGUGUAGCAAACACAGCUGUGCCCAUGGCACCCUGCUGCCUGAUUUGGUGCAGCACAAUAGCGCUUGUACUUCUAAAAGAAAAACUAAAUGUUUUGUCACAAGUUGUAAUUGGAAAUCUUAGGCCUCCUAGUGGACUGCAGUGGACCAGAAAUGAGCUGGAGCAGCAGUUUGGUUUAUGGCUUACACUAAUUGUUACCAGUCACUGGGAAUAUUCUGUACAAUACUGGAGAUGCAGGUGUAAGAAGUGUCAUUGCAAUGAUGAUUUGUCUGUGCAGCAAACUUGUGCUGAGUGCUGUAAAUACAUUCAUGUUUACUGCUUUAAAAAGAAAAUUGCACAUUUAUCUUUCCAUGGGAUUGCCUCCCCUCUUCUUCCCUUUCCAAAAAAAAAAAAAAAAAUAAAAUCAAAGCUCUUUGAGACUGAUAGCUUCAGGUUGGGGGGAGCUUUGCCAUAUUAUAAAUAUAUAUAAAUAUAUGUAUAAAUAUACUUUUUUAAGCAUGAGAGAGGACAAAAGAAAUACUACAUUAUAGAAUACCCAAUAUAGAUCAUUAUACAAUGGAAUAUGCACAAUUCAAUAAAGAUGUAGUUAAAUUUAA